GGGGAAGUUAGAAGCUGCAAAUCUCAGCCAUCACAAUUCUGUUAAAGGAUACAGUGGAGCUCCAUCCACAGAAUCAAUGUCCCCCAUUUCAACUGACCCUCUAGCAGACCAGUGCAGAAAUUCUGUUGAUUCAAAUCAUCUGAAGAAUAAGGAUUACUCUUCAAGACAGGGCCGGGUUGUGCAACCUUGCUUGUCCCAUCACAUUGAUUCUUUCAAAUUGCUACCACCCUUAAAAAGCAUGAUUCCAACACAUACACCACCAGUGUAUCACAGAACCUAUAGCCUGGGUGCACUUCCAGCUUCUAUCAAUCGAUUGAUGAAUGAUGAACCCAAGGAGUAUCCCAAGAGGGCUGUGAGCCCAGAAGAAGAUACACAAGAUCAGGAAGACAAUCAGGAAGAAGGUGAAAAGGAAGAGGAAGAAGAGGGAGGUGGAAAUGAAGUGGAAGAUGAAGAUGAAGACAAUCUAGAAGAUGAAGAUGAUAAUGUGUAUUGCAAUAAUGACAAGACCAAUGAAAGCAAAUGUUGCGAUAGAAAUGGAAUUGACAGUGAUUCUGAUGAGCUUUCCAAUUCUGAGGCUGAUAGUGAAGUUGAUCAACAAAGCUUCUCUGACCAGCUCAGCUCCAGUGCUGAAAGCACAUCAGAAAGUGCCAUACAAGGAAGUGCUGCUGAGCUGAAAAUGCAAUACAUCUCUCAAAAUGCUGAACCCACCAUCUCACACCAAAAAAGACCUUGUGAUGGCUCACAACACAGUGAACAACUGGAAGAGGAGGCAGAUGGUGUUUCUAUUUUGGGGGAUUCCAACAGAAAAAACCACAAUCAUAAGAGGAUUAGAAGUGAGCAUGUUAUUGAUGCCCUGACCUUGUGUGCUACUAACUAA